AUGUCAGAACAAAUAAUAAUCAAAUCUGAGCCUAUUGAAUACUCAAUAUCAGAAAACGAACACGAAUAUUCAUCUGAUGAAGAGACAAUUAAUCCUAAACAAGAAGCCGAAGAAAGAUGUCCAGAAACUUUCCUCGAUUCUCCUACAGAGUCCUACCCUUGUGAAAUGUGCAAUAAAACAUUCCCCAAACUCUUCAAAUUAUCCCGUCACAUGCUCGUCCACACCAACAACAAAAAGUUCAAAUGCACUCAUUGCGACAAAACUUUCUAUCAAUCCAGCAACUUAGUGAAACACGUCAGAACCCACACGGGUGAACGUCCUUAUGCAUGUGAUCAAUGCACGAGAGCCUUCAUCGAUUCCAGCAGUUUAGCCAAACACAUGGCAGUCCACACCGGUGAAAGACGCCACAAGUGUGAAAUGUGCAGUAAAGCCUUCACACAAUCGAGUAGUUUAGCUAAACACAUACUAAUCCAUACUGGUGAACGCCCUUACAAAUGUGAUAUAUGCAGUAGAACUUUUAUUGAUUCUGAUCAUCUCAAAAGGCACAAAUUUAUACACACUCCGGAUCGCCCCCAUAAGUGUGACAUUUGUAAUAAGACUUUUGGACAUGGUAGCAGAUUGAAGAUUCAUAUGAUGAUACAUACGGGGGAACGACCUUAUAAAUGUGAUAUAUGUGGAAAAACAUUUAUACAAUCGGGGCACAUGACAAAGCAUAGGAAGACUCAUAUUUCUGAGAAGUUAUUUGAGUGUCCGUAUUGUGAAAUGAAGUUUACAAUGACGGAGUACUUGUCUAAGCAUAUUAAAGUACAUGCAAAAGAUAAUAUGUCUGAUGAAGACGAUUCGCCUGUUAAAAAUGAACCAGUUGAGUAUUCUAUAGAAGAAAAUGAAGUUGAUGAAGAAGAUACAAACAAUGAUGAAGAUACACAAUUAGAAGUCGAUCAAGCAGCAAUUAGACCAUCAGUAUUCAUUCUAGAAUACGAAAUCAAAGAAACCAUUGAUGAUAAAACCCAAAGCAUAAAAAAAUCAUUCAAAUGCAGCACCUGCCUAAAAGAAUUCAAACGCUUCUACAACCUAUCCCAACACAUGUCAAUUCACAAAGCAGGCGAAUUAUUAAAAUGUCCAUUCUGCAGCAAAUCAUUCACCAUGCUAAGUCGGUUAAUAAGACACCGUUUAACCCACACAGGUGAAAGACGUUACAUUUGCACAACCUGCAAUAAAGCUUUUGUAGACUCCAGCAAUUUAGCCAAACAUGCACGGAUACACACAGGUGAACGACCUUUUAAAUGCCAGAAUUGUCCUAAAGCCUUCACAGAUUCCAGUAGCUUAGUUUCUCAUAUAAGAACGCACACAGGGGAACGACCGUACGUAUGUGAAAUAUGUAAGAAGUCUUUUAAUCAGUCCAGUCAUUUGACCAGGCAUAAAAGGACACAUGCGGCUGGGAAUAUGUUUGAGUGCUCAUAUUGUAAUGCUACGUUUUCACAACCGGGGUAUUUAUUGAGGCACAUUCAGACACAUUCGGGGACAAAUCAAGUCCGGUCCUUUAGUUUAAAUGGGGACCAAGGGGUAAAUGAAAGCGGGCCCCUUGGUUUUCUUGGGGUCAGGAGGCAAGAGAAUGGUGGAGGGGUGAAUGGAAGCUUGUCUAUUGAUUACCUUGGGGAUAUGGGGCAAAAGAAAAGUGAUGGGACAAAUGAAAGCUUGUCUGUUGGUUUUCUUGGGGACAUGGGGCAAAAGAAAAGUGAUGGAAUAAAUGAAAGCUUGUCUGUUGGUUUUCUUGGGGUCAAAGGACAAGAGAAAAGCAGAGGGACAAAUGAAAACUUGUCUCUUGGUUUUCUUGGGGUCAAGGCGCAAGAGAAAAGCAGAGGGACAAAUGAAGGCUUACCUCUUGGUUUUCUUGGGGUCAAGGGGCAAGAGAAAAGCAAAGAGACAAAUGGAAGCUUGUCUGUAGGUUUACUUGGGGGCAAGAAGCAAGAGAAUAAUGGAGGGGCGAAUGGUAGCUUGUCACUUGGUUAUCUUGGGGCCAGGGGGCAAGAGUACACCGGAGGAGUGAAUGGAAGCUGGUCACUUGGUUUUCUUGGGCUCAAGGGGCAAGAGAAUAUCAGAGGGGUCAAUGGAAGCUUAUCACUUGGUUUCCUUGGGGUCAAGGAGCAAGAGAAUAGUAGAUUGACAAAUGGAGGUCUGUCUCUUGAUUUUUUUAAGGGCAAAGCACAAGAGAAAUGCGGGGGGAUGUUGCCUCUUUGUUUUCCUGGGAAUAAGGGACAAGAUAAAAGCAAAGAGGUGAAUAAAAACUUGCACCCUGGUGUUCCUGGGGACAAGGGACAAGAGAAAAGUGGAGGGACAAAUGUAACAUUGUCCCUUGGUUUUCCUGGGGAUAAAGGGCAAGACAAAAGCAAAGAGAUGAAUAAAAACAUGAACCCCAGUGUUCCUGGGAACAAGGGACAAGAUAAAAGCAAAGAGAUGAAUAAAAACUUGCUCCCUGGUGUUUCUGGGGACAAGAUAAAAGAGAUGAAUAAAAACUUGAUUCCUGGUGUUCCUCAGGGCAAGGGAGAGACAAAUGAACUGUGGCCUCUUGGCUUUCUUGGGGACAAGGCACAAGAGAAAAGCAGGGGGACAAACAAAAUGUUAUCUCUUGGUGUUCCUGGGGAUAAGGGACAAAAGAAAAGCAGGGGGACAAAUAAAAACUUGCUCCUCGGUGUUUCUGAGGACAGGGGGCAAAAGAAAAGCAGAAAGUCAAAUAAAAACUUGUCCUUUGGUGUUCCUGGGGACAAGGGGCAAGAGAAACAGAAGGUUGAGUUGAAAGUGUGAUGAGUAAAAAUAGAUUUUAAAGACUGAUUUGUGUUUAAUGAAGUCGAGUUA